CGCACCAUGCCAGCGCUGCGCUGCUUCUCUCCUGGGCGUAUUUUUUGUCGGUGCUGAAGGCACGUUGGCUCGAGGUUUGAUUUUUGCGGUUCUGCUUGGUUAGUGAAACACAAACGCCACUCGGCUGCCAAAUCCCCCACAAUACGGGCUCUCUCAUGGGCAGGAGCUGGCGGGGAAGAACGGGGCUGCUAUAAAUAGGGGCUCCCUGGCCCUGCGUGGGGAACACCAAGCUCUGCUGCUCGCCCGGGGACACGGAGCACCAGAGCUCCGCUCAGGCCACCGGCGCCUUGUGCCCGUCCCCCCCCCGCUGUUUGCCUCCCCGCGCCGGUGGAGAGGGCAGCCUGACCCGGGCGUGGGGACCGUGGGGACACCCCGUCCCCGCGCAGGUUGGGAGCUGGCGCUGAGCGGAGCGAUGGGCAGCACCGGCCCCGGGCUGACCGUGCUGCCCCCCGGCCGCGCCCCCCGGCCCGAGCCUGCCCUGCUGCCCCCCCCGAGGGACCCCGACACCCACAGCUGGGGCUGCCCGGACAGCCCCAGCCCCCCCGGCACCCCUGAGCAGCCCGUGCCCGCCUUCUGCCUGCACUACUUCGACAUGCUCUACACCGAGGACAUCGCCUGGGCCACCAAGGGCACGGGGGACCCGUCCCCGAGCGGCGCCCCGGGGGGGCGAGGGGAGGCGCCGAAGGAGCCGGAGCAGUGUCCCAUCAUCGACAGCCAGGGCCCGGCGCUGGGGGCCGGGGGGGCCCUGCCCGGCAGCCUGGCGCUGGAGGAGCACUCGCUGGAGCAGGUGCAGAGCCUGGUGCUGGGAGAGGUGCUGAAGGACAUCGAGACAGCCUGCAAGCUACUCAACAUCCCCGCAGACCCUGCGGACUGGAGCCCCGGCAACGUGCAGAAGUGGAUCCUGUGGACGGAGCACCAGUACCGGCUGCCGCAGAUCGGGAAGUCCUUCCAGGAGCUGUCGGGAAAGGACCUGUGCGCCAUGUCUGAGGAGCAGUUCUGCCAGCGCUCGCCCGCCUGCGGUGACAUCCUGCACGCCCACCUCGACAUCUGGAAAUCGGCUGCCUGGAUGAAGGAAAAAGCUGCCCCAGAAGAUGUGAAAUACAGCGGAGGUGACGCCGGCUGGGCGGACAGCGAGGCGGACUCGUCCUGCGCCGGCCAACCCAUCCACCUCUGGCAGUUCCUCAAGGAGCUGCUGCUGAAGCCCCACAACUACGGCCGCUUCAUCCGCUGGCUCAACAAGGAGAAAGGCAUCUUCAAGAUCGAGGACUCGGCGCAGGUGGCCCGUCUGUGGGGCAUCCGGAAGAACCGCCCGGCCAUGAACUACGACAAGCUGAGCCGCUCCAUCCGGCAGUACUACAAGAAAGGCAUCAUCCGCAAGCCCGACAUCUCCCAGCGCCUCGUCUACCAGUUUGUACACCCGCUCUGAGCGGCGGCGCUGGGCCAGGCUGCGCCCCGCAGGGACAGGGACCGCGGCCGCCUCCCUCUGCCUCCCAGCCGCAGAACCCGCCCUCCAGCGCCAAGAGCUGUGGCCGGGGCCAAAGGCUCAGACCCCCCAGGACCUGCCAGUGACAGACCAUGGGACGCCCCUCACCCCCCAGCCGUGGAAGGGAGGGAUGAGCCCCCAGCUGAGGGACCACCGCUGUGCCCACGUGUGGGGCAGGGACCGUGCACAUCCCCAUCUCCCGACAGCACUCGGGGGGGGACACGUGCGGGGCCAGCAAAGGAGAUGGGGGUUGACGGGGGUGAGAUAAAGGCAGAUGGAUCUGCAGCUGUCACAGGGCUCCCCGCACCCCGGGGCCCUUUGGCAGCGCCAGAAGGUGGGAGGACGGCUGGGGUGACACCGGGGAGGAGCCCCUGGCACAUUGUCCUCACACCCUGCAGCAUCGGCAGGACAUGGGGGCCAAGAGCAUGUCCCAGCAGGAGACCCCGAUAUCCCCCUGGGGCGGGGGUGCUGUGGUGGGGGCCCUGCCCUUUGCGGCACCCCAGCUGCACAGACGGGGCUGCCCCGGCUCCAGGCAUGGGGGGACAGUGGCUGCGCUUGUCCCUCCCGCAUUGCGCUGGCUGUGGUGGCUUCACCCCCACCAUUGUUUGGGGAGGACAAAGCCUGUGCGCGUGAGCAGGGGACAAUGGCACCUGCAGGGACAAUGGCACUGGCAGCUGCCCCCGCCGGGCUCUCAGUGACCUGACCUGCGCUGGAGCUGCCUGGCAGCAGCAGCACCGCGGCACCCAGGGGUGCUGCCCGCCCGGGACCCGGGGACCGUGGGCGCCCCUCGGGACGGGCACAUGCCCCGUCACUUCCUGCUCCAGGACACACUCGGCUUCUCCCCUCCAUGGGCGUUUGGGGCUGAAAAUGGACAUUUUGCGAAGGGAGCGGCUGUAAAACACAAGUGCGUGAGGGUCCCCUGGGCCGGUCCCCCACCCCUGGGCAUGGGGACACCCAGAUCCCCUGAAGCCCAGGUCCCUGGCCCUGGGCUCUUCCCUUGGUUUGGGCUUUGUCUGAACUGACUGGCUGUGGAGUUUGGAAGGGGACAGGGCAGCUUUGCCUCCUCGCUCUGGACAGUAAAUCUGAGAUACGACCUGCAGAACCUGGACUGGGACAGAACACGGGAUUGCUCCAGCUGCGCAGUCCACAAGAGUCUGUGUUACCCGGCAAUGCUGAUAUUUUAUAUUGUAAUUUCUUCAUUUGUUUAUUUGCUUUCUGGCUUUGGCUGGUGGCAAGUUGUGGUUGAGGUUCAAAUGAGGAGGGUAGACGGGCAGCCCAGGUACCCACAGGAUGCUUUGCAGGAGUUUGAAAGGAAAAAAACCACCUGGUUCUUGGUCUUUUGUUUCUAACUCAAACCAGCUGCCGGUGGCGCCGCUGCCGUUGUGGCCGUUUCGUGCUGCUCACGCGGCAGAGGAGCCCGUCCUGCCCAGCCGGGCCGGGGCCAGCGGGUGCAGCGCGGCUGGGACAGGAGCAGGGGCAGCGGCAGCGGCAGGGAGGGAAAGUGCCGGGGCCUCUGGAAAAGAGGGGAAGAAACGGGGGAAAACGAAAACCAAAAUGUGUCUUGUGAUUUCCUGCGUGUGACCGACGCUCCUGCAACCGCCGUGGGGGCACCAGGGGCUGGGCGGGGUGCUGGUGCCCCAGAGCUCGUGCCCCUUGGGCAGGUCCCGCACUGGGCGGGUGACAGGCGGGUGACAGGCGGCUGCAUGUCCCUGUGGGGAAGGUGGGGUCAAUGGCGGGGAAAGCUGCUUUAUCUUCACAAAGCUUUGCCCAGCACGUGCGGUUCCCAGAGUCUGUGUCUGCUCCCCCCUCCCCAGCCCCUUUGUCCCCAGCGAUGCGCCCGAGCCCCCAUCCCAGCGCACGGAGGCAAACGAGGACCCA